UAUUUAUUUUCUCAUCAGAUUUUUGAGCGCGUUCGAGAGUAGAAAGUACAACAAGCAAACAAGUUCAACAAAUAGAUUUGAUGCGAAUGAAACGAUCUAUUCGCUCAAAAAGAGAGAGAAAUUUGUAUUAAAUAUACUUUUAUGGAAUUUUAGGAAACUGCGAAGUUAAAGAUGCGUAAUGUUGAGAUAAAAGCGAGAAUUCGGAACAUUGACGAUACUAUUUCGAAAGCUGAAACGGUGAGCGACACCUCCAAGACUAUUAUCAAGCAGCAUGAUACUUUUUUCAAAGCAAAGGAGGGAAGACUCAAGUUACGAAAAUUUGAGGAUGGCUCGGCAGAAUUAAUUUUUUACAAGCGACCCAAUGUACAAGGACCGACAUUGUCUGAUUAUACUAAAGCAACAUUGAACUCGGAUGUUGUGGAAUCUAUUGUAGAUAUUCUGUCACAAUCAAAUGGUGUGUUGGGUGUUGUCCAGAAGACACGAAAUUUAUACAUGGUUGGCCAAACUCGAAUACACAUUGACGAAGUUGAUGGUUUGGGAUAUUUUCUAGAGUUAGAGGUAGUUCUGCGUGAAGAUCAGGACAUAAAAGCUGGACAAAAAAUUGCGGAUGACCUCAUGAGAGCGCUGUCUAUAGAGAAAGACGAUCUGAUUGCAGAAGCAUACAUAGAUUUACUAAGUAAAACUGAUUAAUAAAACAAACAGAAUUUGUGUGACUACUGUGAUUAUUUCUUGAAGAAAAAAAACAAAAGAUUAAAGGGUACAAAUAAAAUACGCGUUUGCUCAUUAAUUUCAGAUAACAUUAUAUUACACAUCGAACAAACCGAAUAUGCGUCAAUAAAGUAUACGCGCUUACAUCUUGCGUUGUUAAUUACUUUUUCGCGCAUUUUCAUCUUGCGUCGAAGGGACAAAUCUAGAAACUCGACAAAAGUAUACGUCCACAGUUGUGUAUAAUUGGUACUUAAUUGGAGUUAAUUAUUAUUAUUUUUUUAAUAGGAUUUUAAUACUAUAACGAUAACAUACAAAACAUUAAAUCUAAUAUCAUAUCGCUACAUUUUUGUAUUAACUGUAUUUACACGCAAGAUAGAUUUUCCUCGUCCUCAUGUGUCGAUAAAAUUCUACUAACGAGAGCAAAAAAUUACCUUUUAUAUUAUUAUUAUUAUUAUUAUUCGUAAAAAAGGAAAAGAAGCAAAAGAAAGAGAUGCUGAAACAAACAUCUACAGAUUAUACGAAAGUUAAUACAUUGUUAACCGAACAAGAUCUCAAGAGUACCCAACACCAGAAUGUGCUUUUUACAAUGUAGUUAACACACGUCGUAAAAUUAAUAAUUUUUUUUUUUUUUUUUUUUUUAACAAAAAUCUUAGUAAACUUAAUUUUCUCCAAAUAUCUCGCAAGAAACAUACAAGACGCGAAUUCACUCUCAUCUCUUAUGAUUUGUAAUUUUGGUAUAAAAGUUAUUUUUAUCUCAUUAACUCUAGAACACACUUUGAAUAUAUGUACUAUGACGUUUCUUUAAACAUACACAUAUAUAUUUUAAUUUAUAAAUAUUAUACAUAUACAUGUUACAUGCGCAAACUGUAUAUGCUGUAUAUGCAUAUAUUGUAAAAUCCUUUAUACAUUUUUGUGUUUUAGAAAAAAAGAAAAUUCAAACUCGAUUUAUCUCACGGUUGAGUCGUACACUGAGAAAAAAACGUCUAGAUAUGCUCCACACUCAAAGAGGUGGUGUUGAGAGCUCAAAUCGAGAAGAUGGUAUUCUGAAGUCAAAAGACGUGGUGUGACGUCUCGACACUAUUAAUAACAUUCUGUAAUAUUUUCCGUCAUUCAAAUUGAUAUCCGCGCAUGGUUCGUGAAAAAUAUGCAAUGUUCAAUAUCUCGUGCGGUUAGCAAUGUGUUAAUAGACACAGUUAAAAAAUAAUAAGCGCGCAAUCGCUGUUUUAAUUACGAUCACUUAUAUCCUCAUUUCCUACGAUAUUAUAAGCGAGCUGUAUAUACAUAGGAUCUCUUACGAUUGACCAGCAAAGUUUAAUUACCAGCAUUUAUACAUACUGUAUAGAUACAUAUACCUACAUACCUAUAUUUGCUGAUAAUUAAAACAAAACAGUCCUUUUGAAAUAGUUGCAUUUUUCAUAUAUAUGCACACAUGUGUACACAUGCAUACACACAGAACACGCGCACGUUAUGUAUAGGUAUACGUCUACGCACACACAAUCCUCAUAAUUAUAAUAUUGAGCAUUCAUUCGUUUUUAUUUAUUUUUUUUUUUUUCGGAGCAGUUGCCGUAGAAUAUAUGAUUUAUCACGUCGAUUUUUUUUUUUUUUUUAACUUCUCUUGUGUCGAAUGAUACGAUUCGAUUAUAAAUUUAUCGCGUCUAACGUCGAUAUUCAGAGUCGGAUCUCAUAUUUAAAAUCGUUUUGAGUUCAUUUGGUUUGAUAGUUUGUAUCCAAUAAAAAACCUCUUGCAGCAUCAUGAGAUUACCUCAAGCCAAUCUUAAAUACAUGAUCGGAUUAUAUGAAUAUCGUGGUUAAAGAAAUGACACGCACAUACGCUAUACAAGAGAUAUUUGUUAUUUUUCCACUUUCCAGGACUAAUUCUAAACAGAAAAAAGUUUAUUUUUACGUGAAUAACAACAAGAACAUAGAAGAGAUAUUUCAAAAAUUUGAAGAAUGUCCUUGUUAUAGACUCAUUGACUUUCUUUGCAAUAUCCGUACUGUUUUUUGAUUGCUAAAGAAUAAUCUUGUAAAUUCGAAACAUUCAUUUUUUAACUUAUAAUUUUUGAUUGUAUUCAUUACAACAUUUAAUUAACAGAAUUGCUAAGUAUAAAAAAAUUUGUUUUAUUAAAACACAAGUAAUUGUUCAAUAUACGAUAUGAUGUGCACAAUAUAUAAUAUACUAUACUAUUUUCGAAACAUUUCACAAAAGACAAUGAUUAUUAGUCGAUCCAUCACUUGGAUGCAUAAAUUAGUUCUACAAAUGUAAUUGUUGAGACUUAUAGCAGAUGCAUUUUAAUGUAUUUAGCAAAAAAUGACGAAAAAAGAAUCGAUUUAUUUAAAUAAAACUACCACGUCAGUUCAGUUUAAAAGGUUAAUGGUAAAGUGAAAUGUAUUUACUUAGAUGCUCUCUGUAUGGUUUUGUAUUUCCGUGUUAAUUGUUCUAUUCUGACUGCACUCUUGCAUUAUAACUAAAGAUCCGCGAAUUCAAAAUAGACCUGCUGUGAAACAAGACUGAUGUACUUCGAAAAAGAACAGUGUAACGACAAAAACGUUUAAUAAAAAGAACGCUUUAGCGUGCACUUUUCACAGAG